UAGGCGACGGCCAGUCCAACUGUCAUCGGCAAGCGGAAGAGCAGCGGACCCGGACAGCGUAGCACCGUACAGGACAGGACAGAACCGGACGGUGCAGUGUCGAGCAGUGCCGGACAGCGAGGGCGCAGCGUAGCGUGUAGGCGGCAAAAUGCCUGGCGGACGACGUGGACUGGUUGCGCCGCAAAACACAUUCCUCGAGAACAUCAUCCGGCGCUCCAAUUCGCAGCCGGACAGCUCGUUUCUUUUGGCCAACGCACAAAUCGUCGAUUUUCCGAUCGUCUACUGCAAUGAGUCCUUCUGCAAGAUCAGCGGCUACAACCGGGCCGAGGUCAUGCAGAAGUCGUGCAGAUGCGGCUUCAUGUACGGCGAGCUGACAGACAAGGAGACGGUGGGACGGCUGGAGUACACGCUGGAGAACCAGCAGCAGGAUCAAUUCGAAAUAUUGCUCUACAAGAAAAACAAUGUGCAGUGUGGCUGCGCCCUCUCCCAGUUUGGCAAGGCGCAAACACAAGAGACCCCGCUAUGGCUGCUGUUGCAGGUUGCGCCCAUACGGAACGAACGGGAUCUGGUUGUGCUAUUCCUGUUGACGUUCCGGGAUAUAACGGCCCUCAAGCAGCCCAUCGACAGCGAGGAUACCAAGGGAGUUUUAGGUCUCUCCAAGUUCGCCAAGUUGGCCCGCUCGGUGACGCGGAGCCGCCAGUUCAGCGCCCAUCUGCCCACGCUGAAGGACCCCACGAAGCAGUCCAAUCUGGCGCAUAUGAUGUCACUGAGCGCGGAUAUUAUGCCACAGUACCGACAGGAAGCGCCGAAAACGCCGCCACACAUACUCUUGCAUUAUUGUGCAUUUAAAGCAAUUUGGGACUGGGUGAUAUUGUGUUUAACAUUUUAUACCGCCAUCAUGGUGCCAUACAAUGUAGCGUUUAAAAAUAAAACCUCAGAGGAUGUUUCCCUUCUCGUGGUGGACUCGAUAGUCGAUGUUAUAUUCUUUAUAGAUAUUGUGUUAAACUUCCACACCACAUUCGUGGGCCCGGGCGGCGAGGUGGUCAGCGAUCCGAAGGUGAUACGGAUGAACUACCUCAAGUCGUGGUUCAUCAUCGAUCUGCUCAGCUGCCUGCCAUACGAUGUCUUCAAUGCGUUCGACCGAGACGAGGACGGCAUCGGGUCCCUGUUCAGUGCCCUCAAGGUGGUGCGCCUGCUGCGCCUGGGCCGGGUUGUGCGAAAGCUCGACCGCUACCUGGAGUACGGAGCUGCCAUGCUGAUCCUGCUGCUCUGCUUCUACAUGCUGGUGGCCCACUGGCUGGCCUGCAUCUGGUACUCGAUUGGGCGCAGCGAUGCGGACAAUGGGAUCCAAUACAGCUGGCUGUGGAAGCUGGCGAAUGUCACGCAAUCCCCGUACUCCUACAUCUGGAGCAAUGACACUGGGCCAGAGCUGGUGAACGGGCCGUCAAGGAAGAGCAUGUAUGUGACGGCCCUGUACUUCACCAUGACCUGCAUGACCUCGGUUGGCUUCGGCAAUGUCGCCGCGGAGACAGACAACGAGAAGGUGUUCACCAUCUGCAUGAUGAUCAUUGCAGCUCUGCUUUAUGCCACAAUCUUUGGUCAUGUGACCACCAUCAUACAGCAGAUGACCUCGGCGACGGCCAAGUACCACGACAUGCUCAACAAUGUGAGGGAGUUCAUGAAGUUGCACGAGGUGCCCAAGGCCCUCAGUGAGCGCGUGAUGGACUAUGUCGUCUCCACGUGGGCCAUGACCAAGGGUCUGGACACCGAGAAGGUACUAAACUAUUGUCCGAAAGAUAUGAAGGCUGACAUAUGUGUUCAUCUAAAUCGCAAAGUAUUUAACGAGCAUCCGGCAUUUCGUCUGGCCUCGGAUGGUUGUCUCCGGGCUUUAGCGAUGCACUUCAUGAUGUCCCAUUCGGCGCCAGGAGACCUGCUCUACCAUACCGGCGAGAGCAUCGACAGUCUCUGCUUCAUUGUGACGGGAAGCCUGGAGGUGAUACAGGACGAUGAGGUUGUGGCAAUACUGGGCAAAGGCGACGUCUUCGGCGAUCAAUUCUGGAAGGACUCGGCCGUUGGCCAGAGCGCGGCCAAUGUGCGCGCUCUGACCUAUUGUGAUUUGCAUGCCAUCAAACGUGAUAAAUUGCUCGAAGUCCUCGAUUUCUAUUCGGCAUUUGCGAAUAGCUUUGCACGCAAUCUGGUGCUCACCUACAAUCUCAGACAUCGACUGAUUUUUCGCAAGGUGGCUGAUGUGAAGCGCGAAAAAGAAUUGGCCGAACGGCGUAAGAACGAGCCGCAAUUGCCACAGAAUCAGGACCAUCUCGUCCGCAAGAUCUUCUCCAAGUUCCGGCGCACACCACAGGUCCAAGCCGGCAGCAAGGAUAUUGUCGGUGGCGGCACGGGCUCUGGUCAGAGCGAUGUCGAGAAAGGCGACGGCGAGGUCGAACGGGUUAAGCUACCAGCCAAACUGACAUUAACCGAGGACUCACGCAUCCUAACGACCGCCGCCGUACCAUCACCAUCGCCAUCACCCUCGCCCUCAUCGGGUCCACCAUCUGCGCGGAGUACCCGUGCCAGCAAGUGGGGACGCCUUCUGGGCAGUUCAAGCGUCGAUUCAGCUAGCGACACUAGCGCCAAGGUAGCCGUCUCGAGAAGUUUGAGCGCCCGCGAGAGUCUCCGUGAGAGCACCGCCCAGGCGCGGCAGAGUAGUACUUCGAGUAGCAAUGGUGGACAGGGGAACAAAGUUUUCCCAAAGGCGCCCAAGCUGCAGGCGAGCCAGGCGACGCUCGCCCGUCAGGACACCAUCGACGAGGGCGGCGAGGUAGACUCCUCCCCGCCCAGUCGCGACAGCCGUGUGGUCAUCGAUGGAGGGGCGGCCUCUGCUCCCGUGGUAGCCACAGCAGCAGGGACAGCAGCAGCAGCAGCAACAGCAGCGCCAGGAGUUGCGGCGCUCACAGGCCCGGGCUCAUCCGGAGCUGGCGGCGGGACUGGAGCAGUGACGGCGCUGGUGAAGGGAGAGCGCAAUCUGGCCCUGGAGCGGGAGCGCCAGAUCGAGAUGGCCAGCUCGCGGGCCACCACCUCGGACACGUAUGACACGGGCCUGCGCGAGACGCCGCCCACGCUGGCGCAGCGAGAUCUCAUCGCCACCGUCCUGGACAUGAAGGUGGACGUGCGGCUAGAGCUGCAGCGCAUGCAACAGCGGAUAGGCCGCAUCGAGGACCUGCUGGGCGAGCUGGUGAAGCGGCUCGGGCCGCAGCAGGGGGACAACAGCAGCGGCCAGACGACGCCCGGCGACGAGAUCUGUGCGGGCUGCGGCGCGAGCGGCGUCGCGGCAGGGCCAGGACCAGGGCCAGGGCCUGGGACGGGCUCGCCCACGACCCCGGCCACAGUGACGGUCACUACGCCCGUGGACACUGUGAUAACCAUCUCAUCCCCCACGUCAGCAGCGGGACCAGGGGCUGGCGCUGGCAGCGGUCUACUAAAUCCAGGCCUCCCAGUUGUGUCGAGCGCGGGAGGCAACGGCCUGGGGCCACUGAUGCUCAAGAAGCGACGCUCGAAGAGCAGGAAAGCACCGGCGCCUCCUAAGCAGACACUCGCCUUGGUCGGCGCGGCCUCAACGACCACAGCUGUGACGGGCGCCGCUGGAUCUGGUACGACGAGCGUGGCAGCGUCAGCAUCACCUGCAGCGGCAGCGGCAGCAGCAGGGGCAGGCUCUCCCAGCGGUGCUUGUCCCACGGAGCUGCUGCACCUGCGCCUGCUCGAGGAGGACUUUACGGCGGCCCAGCUGCCCUCGACACCGGCAGCCACGACCCCGACAUCAUUGGCGGCCACGCCUCCGGGCAGCGGCACGCCAGCGGCUGGUAGUGCCACCACCUCGCCCACGGGGCCGCCACCCACGCUGCCAACGCCCACAGGCAGCAGCGGUCCAAGAAGCGGCAGAGAGUUCCUCUAGCCCAAGAUUCUGUUGCGGCAUCAGUCUUCGGCUUCGACUACGGCUACGGCAACGGCUACA